AAAAGUCAUUCCUUCUGUUUCAGGUGUUUGUUCAACGAUGCUGGGACUCUCCAAACUUCUGCUGCCAUUCUUCGUGGUUGUCCAGGGCUACACAGCAUGUAAGUGGGGCUUACAUGGCGAGCACUGCAACCUAACAUGCCCCCAGAACUGUGCCCUUCUUCCUCCACUUGAUGUUCCAUACUGUGACACUGACACGGGGAAGUGUUCUGAGGGAUGCCAGUGUGGUUGGCAUGGUGAUCUGUGUAAUCAAGACUGCAACCAGAACUGUCUAAACACGACAUGCAACCAUCAAACUGGGCACUGUACACUUGGCUGCAGUGGAACUAACACAGGCUUUUUUUGUGAUGAUACUGGAGAGUGUGGUCGUGGCUGGUAUGGCGAUCAGUGUCAACACCCCUGCAGCAUCAACUGUCUGGAGGAAAGAUGCAACCACACAACUGGAGCCUGUAUACUCGGCUGCAGUGGGACUUACACAGGGGAGUUUUGCAACACUACGAAAGUGGCGAACAACAAGGAAGACGCAAACAGCCUGGAUGCCAUACUGGAACUUUUCACACUGAAUGUAGCAGUCGCAGCCACAGUCACAGUCGCAGUCGCAGUCGCAGUCACACUCACAGUCAUUGUGUUCAUAAGGUGGUUGAGAGGAAAGAACAGAAAGCGGAGACAGAGGAAAAGUUCCCGAAGUCUGGAGGCUGAAUCAUCUGAAGUGGAGUCCUUUACAGACGAUUUACACAAGAAAGAGCCUCCGAUGUACAGUGGAGACCUCAUUGAAGGUGUGGAGGAAGUGUUGAGGAAGAUAAGCAACAAUUACAGGAAAGUGAAGAAUACCUUAGAGACUCACGGUCGUGUGACGAUGAGUGGUUCACCAGGGAAAGGAAACACAACUAUUGCCUUAACGUUAGGAACAGAGUAUCGAGAUGAAGGCUAUGAGGUUGUUAGUGUUAAUGAUAUUUUGAAAUUUAACCUGCAGCAUUAUGUAAAUCAAGGGAAAGACAUGUGUUUUAUAUUUCAUGACGUAUUCAAGACGGUUGAAUUACCAAAGGAUGCAACACUCCUUCAAAGGCUUUUGCAUGAACUAAAAUCUAAUCUGAAAAAGCGUCAUUCUGAAAAUGUACAAAAGUUGUACGCCAUCUUUACCAUGAACACCUACAGUGACACAGGUCAAAUUCCAGAGCUUGGUGAAGUAGGAGACUACUUUUUUAGCGGUCCUCCCUUCAUCAACUUUAACAUGGAGUUUCGUGUAUAGACAUUUGAAGAUAUGAAGGCGUUUUCGAAACAAAUUUUGCAAAGAAGCCAUCAUUAGACAAAAGCAAGUGAACAAGAUUUUUAGAUUUGGAACAAUCUUCAGGAAACACCAAUUAUUUUGAAAGUCUUGACAUUGUGAUAAAAAGUGUUUCCGUAAACCUUCUUCUUUCUACAAGAGAAACUGUUCACUAUUCAAGAACUUCAGAAUGAUGAGGCAGCUGCAAUGAUCCUUAUGUGUCAUUGUGCAUAAGUGGAUCUACUAUAUAAGCUUGUACAGAAAUCUUUCCAUCAUGUAUCAUGUAUCAUCAUUUCAUUCGUGGUUCUCCCGUCAACAUCACCCUCAGGCCGAUACAACUCCAACUCAGGCCUGAUUCAACUCUUCAGGUCCUAAACCUCACAACAUCACUCAAGUCUCCACAACAGCUCUCCGUCAUCAGCCAGCCCCACCGCCACUCAUCGGCAGGCCGGCCAAGCCCAGCUGCAGGUCAACGAUCCCUUCUCCACCAUCACCACUACAGCAGUCAUUGCUCUACAACCGAAGCCCCGCCCACCGUCAACUUGGCCUUUGCUACACCUCUCCAUUCGCUAAGUUCAUUAUAGUUCUUUUUCAUCAUUAUUAAUCAUGGCUUCCUCAUCACACCCCACUAACCACCAAUAGCCAGCAAGUAUGAUUUUCCAAACACACCAAAUUAAUCCUAAUCAAUUUCGGUCUAAGCUAAAUCUCCCCCACCCCCAUGGCCACCCCUCAGUAAUAUCACUACCCCCUCACUACCUCACUACCAAACAAUGGAACAACACAAAAUAUCCAACCCACAGAAGCCAUUAUAAUUAUCCAAACUACACAUCAAAUACCAUUUACCUCAACCAAUCUAAAAAAUCCAAUUAGCAAAUUGAUGAAGACUAAACAAAUUAAAUAACUGUUCUAAAUCAACCCCAAACCCAUCAGCUACUUCAAAAUUCAUCCUUCUCGCCUUCUCUACUGCCUCCCCUGGUCCAAUAAAUGACAAAUUUUCUAUUAACAAAUUUGUCAAUUGAGUAUGACUAUGUUAAGAACAUAUCAAACACUCAUUACCAAAUGUGCUUAAAUGCUCCAUUCUUAAACGUGAUAACAUGUAGAACUCAGAUAGAACUAACCUGCAAAAUCAGCCAAAUAUUUCGCGAGAUAUACUUAGACAAUUUAAUCAUAAAGUGCAGGCGCUUAUGGAGGCCAUAGAACGAUAUCUAGGGACUAACUGGAAGGACAAAUAACAAGCGGUUACAUUUCCAAUUGAAAUAUUAGAAAGAAACUGUCUUAUAUUAGCAAGAAUUCAUUUAACUAAAAUACUUAUUUUCUUUGAGCACCAAACAUCGGUCCUUUCCGUCUUAUUAUUUGGCAAAUAUUUUUGUUUUCCAGUAGAAAAAUAUAUGUAUGGAAAUACAAUGUAGAUCAUCAUCAUUAAAAAUAACAUCAAACUCAAACGAGGCGAUCGGGUAGUCUAGUGGUUAAAGCGUUCGCUUGUUACGCCGAAGACCCGGUAUACGGGUUCGAUUCCCGACAUGGUUA